GUCCGAAUGGCUACAGGCAAACACAUACCCUGUGGUCCAUGUAGCGUUGAUGACGUCACUAAGAAUGCUUGGAGAUGGUGCACUAGUUGUGAAGAAGGAUUAUGUGAAGAUUGUGAACACGUCCACAGAAGAAGCAAAUCCUCUAGAAAUCAUCGGGUUAUUUCAAUAGAAGAUUACAGUAAGAUUGAAAAUGUUUCUAUCUCCCAAAUCUGUGAGCAUCAUGGGGAAAACCUGGAGUGGUUCUGUAAAAGUCACGACGAAGUCCUCUGUGUUGUGUGUGUCCCAUCAAAACACAAAGCAUGUUUUGAUGUUAUACCAAUAAGUGUUAACUCUGCAAAUUUAAGACAAUCCUCUGGAUUAUCGGACCUAGAAGAGACAAUUGAGGGAACUUUGCGGAACGUGAAACAAUGCAUCAGGAAUCGUGAAUCUGCUACAAAGGAAAUCGAAAAACAAGAACUGGAAGUCAAAACAAUGGUUCUUGAUACUAGAGCAAAAAUAAACGGCCAACUAGACAAGCUACAAGAAAAAUUGUUGCACGAACUAAGAUCAACAUCUCAGACAUGUAAAUCAAAAUAUAUGAAAAUACUUCAGAAGCUAAAAUCAACUGAAGAAAUGCUAACUAAGUUAAGGGAACAAUCAAUUCAUACGAAACAGUUUUCCUCUGACAUACAAGUAUUUCUUGGAAUGCGUCAGGUCAAUAAGCAGGUCGGAAGCGAGGUCGAAUCCAUCAAGAACGAAAUAAGUGUCACAAAGGACUUUACAUUAAAAAUAACUAUUGAUGGCCUAAUCGAAAAAUUAUCCAACGAAGUUGAAGAGUUUGGUAAAAUAUUUGUUUCAGAAUCCGCCACCAACCUUGAAUUCAGGGACCCAAAACUUGAUCAAGCUCAAAUUGAGAUCAACGUUCCAACGACAAGAGACAUAUCUAAGACAAAGCUCCAGCUACAUAAAUCAUUUCAAAUUACGAGUACCAAUACAUUGAAUGUUGCAGGUUGCGUCAUUUUGCCUAAUGGUAAUUUAUUGAUGGCGAAUGCCACGAAAGAUAAUCAAUUAAUAGAAUACAGUGACGCAGGUGAACAUAUCCGUGACAUCCCAGUAUCUGACCCGCCAUGCGAUAUUGCGGUGCUAGAUCUUGAUCGUAUUGUUGUGACGUACGAGAACGCAUCAUACAUAGAAAUAAUAAAUCGCAAGACUUUCAACGUUGAAAAAAAAAUCAGUCUCCAAUAUAGUUGCUUGAAGGUAUCUCAGGAGGAUGGGCUACUUUACGUAGUAUAUGGAAAAGAUAAAAUACAAGUCAUGGAUCUAUCCGGAAAACAAAUAGAAACAUUAAAAAUAACAUCUGAAGGUCUAAGUUGUGUCAAAACGAGCCGACAAAAGAUAUUUUACGCAAAUUACAACACGAAACAAGUUCACUGCUGUCGUUUGAACGGGGAAGAAUUAUGGAAAUUUGAAUGUGACUCUAUAAAAUUUCCCUAUGAUAUAACAUCAGACUCAUACCAUAAUGUUUACGUUGCAGAUAGUGUUUCCAAGAGUCUAACAAUUGUACAACAUGAUGGGAAAUACAGUAAAACAUUACUAACAGAAUCAGAUGGACUUAAUCGACCAACAGCUGUGGACUUUGAUACAGACAAAAGAACCUUACUCAUAUGCAACGCAGGAGGAAAUGUUGCCUUGUACAAUGUCGUUUAGCAACUGUAAUGUUUAAAUGAUAUUGAUUUUGUCGUUUCACACAAUUGAUAUUUUGCAAACUAAAUGUCUGCACUUAAAGAUUAUAAUUUCACUUGAUAGCAAAGUCCUUUUUUAAAUUUUAUUUACGUUGGAAUGUGUAAGGAAGGAAACAUCCGUUAUAUUUAUG